UUUGUACCAUGUCUACAAUGGCAGUCUAUAGUAACAUACGCUCAUUAGUACAAAGAAUUGUUAUGUUAGAUGUCAGAACGAGUGUGCGAUUUUUCACUGAUCAAAUUGAUAAUCCUAAUGAAGAACAACCUGUAGAUCCAACAAAAGAUAGGACCAAGACUAUCCCAUUAGAAACAAGUAUGAGAUAUUUAAAAAGUAAUGCGUACAAACAAACUUACGGAGACAGCCCAGUUUGGACGUUAUAUCGACGAAACCAUAAAGGCGUAUUUGCACCGAGGAAGACCAGACGGUCAUGUGUCAGAAACGGUGUGAUAUCUACAGGAAACCCUUGUCCUAUUUGUAGGGAUGAAUACUUAGUGCUGGAUCAUAGGAAUACAAAACUAUUGGAGCAGUUUAUAUCUGAAUACACUGGCCAGAUACUGGAUGCCUACAAAACUGGUCUUUGUCAAAAGAAGCAUAAAGAAUUACUUGUAGCUAUUGAAAGGGCAUGGGACCAAGGACUCCUUACAUAUGAUGUUCCAUUCAGGAAAUAUGAUUAUUCUUUGUACAAUAAAACAGCAAAUAGUUAG